CCACACACAACAAGCAAGAUGAGUGCUGUGCUGAAGCUGCUGCCGCUGGCGGCAGUGACUCUGCUGGUUUCUGCUCAGGGAUGGAAUAACUACCAGAGCUUGCCUGAUUUAUACAGAACACACAUCGACAAGGCACUAUACAAUGCCAAUAGAAAAUUUGGGGGUCCUUAUCAUGUUGCCUAUGAAAGCCUCUUGCCAAACCUGAAAAUUAAAGAUGACGUCUAUGUAAAUGUGCGUCUGAUGGUCACAACAUGCAGGAAGGAUGAACAGAAAGGAUUUGGACAUAGAAAAGAGUGUGUUACAAAAAAAUCUAAAACGCCCUGGAUUGACUGUGUUGUGUGUAAGCCAGUAAAUGGUGAAGAACUAAUUGACUGUGCGAGACAAAUGGAUGUCAAAGAUGGAGUUUUUCCUUGCCACUGUCACCGUUGGCGACGCUCAUGGAUGCUUGGACCCAGAUUUUUCUGUAAAGCUGCUUUGUGACAACACCUGUUGUAAAAAGCGCUAUAUAAAUAAACUUUGACUUGACUUGACUACCAGAAGCAAAACUCUCAGUGUGCUUCUACAUAUCUACAUACAUAACUCACCUCAGGC